AUGGCAGACACCAAAAAGGGACCGUACUAUGAAGGUGCGCAUCCAGCGGCACCAGAAUAUGACGACUACCACCACGACCACGAACAUGUCGUGGCUGCGGACAAGCUGCGUCGCGCGCUUUCGCCUCGACAAGUCCAAAUGAUUGCGAUAGGAGGCACGAUUGGCACAGGAUUGUUUUUGGGAACAGGAAAAUCUCUUGCGACUGGUGGGCCCGCCUCGUUGGUCUUGUGCUAUGGGAUUGUCGGAGCCAUCGUCUUUGUAACGAUGAUGUCUCUGGGAGAGAUGGCUGCCUUUGUUCCCGUUGCUGGCUCUUUCUGCACCUUCGCUGGUCGCUACGUGGAUGACGCUUUCGGUUUCGCCCUCACUUGGAAUUACUGGUUCAACGAUGUCGUGUCAACAGCCGCAGACCUUGUCGCAUUACAACUCUUGAUGAAUUACUGGACCGAAACAUUCCCCUGGUACGCGUUGGGACUCAUCGUUUGGGUUAUCAUUGUGGCGGCCAACAUCAUCAACGUGCGAGCCUACGGCGAAGUGGAGUACUGGCUUUGCUUGCUCAAAGUCGUGACCAUCAUCAUCUUCAUCAUUCUCAGCAUCGCAGUCAAUGCCGGCGGUAACACGGCGCAUGAAUACAUCGGCGCAAGAAACUGGAACAUCGGCGACGCGCCGUUUGUCGGCGGCAUUGGAGGCUUCGCAUCUGUCUUUGUGACGGCGUCCUUUGCCUACGGAGGCACCGAAUCCAUUGCCAUCACCGCAGGUGAAACUCGCGAUCCUGCACGACAAAUACCACGCGUGGUGAAGAAUGUCUUCUGGCGCAUCCUGCUCUUCUAUAUUCUUGCAACCAUCAUGAUCGGUUUCAACGUAGCAUACACAACCCCAGGUCUCAAGACGAAGAGUACGGCUACGUCUCCUUUCACCAUUGCUUUUCAGAUGGCUGGCUCCAAGGUCGCAGGAUCGUUCAUCAAUGCCGUCAUCCUGACCAGCGUCAUCUCGGCUGGUAACCAUGCUCUAUUUGCCGGAAGCAGGCUCCUCUACACUUUGGGCGUCAAUGGCCAUGCACCCGGAGUAUUCACGAAGCUGACCCGCUUCCAAGUUCCUUGGGUCGCUGUGCUCUUCACGAGUAUUCUAUCCGGCCUUCUGUUCGGAGCGAGCUUCAUUGGGGCUGGGCAGCUCUGGACAUGGCUGCAGAACAUUGUCGGCGUGUCCAAUCAGCUGUCAUGGAUCAGCAUCGGUAUCGCCUCUCUCCGUUUCCGCGCAGGUCUCAAGGCUCAGAACAAGGAACACUUGUUGCCUUUCAAGAACUGGACAUACCCCUGGGGGCCGAUCAUGGCCGUAGUGCUGAACAGCUUCCUUGUGCUCGUACAAGGAUGGAGCUGCUUCAGCCCGACAUUCGCACCGGUAGACUUUGUCAGCUAUUACAUCGAGCUGCCCGUCUUUGCGCUCAUGCUCAUUGGAUGGAAAGUGGCCAAGCGAACCAAAUUCCAGAAGGCGCACGAGAUGGACCUCGUGACAGAUGUGUAUACGAAGGAUGACAUGGAGCCGGAGGACCUCGAAAAGAGGGGAGUGAAGGGCUGGGGAAAGAGAAUCGGCACCUGGUUCUGCUUCUAG